AUGUCUCCAAGAAAAACGGUGCUAAUCACUGGUUGCAGCACGGGAAUCGGUAAUGCUCUUGCUCGCGAAUUCCAUGAACGAGGCAAGUGGGAAUGGUUACCUUCUAGGGGUACAUCCUUAAGCCCUCAGCUAUCAGGUCUCGUCGUCUUUGCUACCGCCCGCAAUGAAGCGGUACUUUCGGAUCUGCAGAAAGCAGGAAUGACGACGUUCGCUCUUGACGUUACAAACGACGAACAGAUUAACCGGGUUCGAGACCAGGUGGCGGAGAUGACUGGGGGAAAACUCGACAUAUUAGUCAAUAACGCCUCGUACUCAUUCUUGUAUCUAGCGGCCAAAGUCCGUCCAUUCCCUGGCACAAUCCUUUCUGUCGGCCGCUAUCGAUCUCGACAUGAAGGAGGUUCAAGAUCUCUACGAUGUCAAUGUAUUCGGGCAAUGAGGAUGGUUAAGGCAUUUGUACCACUUCUCAUUGCAUCAGGUGACGCAUGCAUCCUUCAAGUUGGUAGUGUGGCUGCCGUGACACCGUAUCCCUUUGGCUCCGCAUACAGCUCCUCGAAGGCAGCUCUCCACGCGUAUGGGAACACACUUCAUGUUGAACUGUCUCCAUUCAAUAUAAAGGUUGUCAAUCUCUGUACUGGCAGCAUGAAGAGCGACAUCGUCGAAAACAAGCUAAAUCCACUCCCUAACCAUUCGCUCUACAAGUCUCUCGAGCCCAUCAUCCUGGCGAAGCGAAGAGAAGUAUCUCAAGGAGGUGCCAUUAGUGCUGAACAGUAUGCUAAGGACGUAGUACAAGAGGCUCUCAAAACUUCUCCCAGAGCAUGGUUUGUAUGGAUAUUGGACACCUUUCUACCUCGCACCGCCUUUGAUAACGUGAUGAAGAGAUGGUAUGGUUUAGAGCAUAUCAGUUCUCGUAGUCAGCUCUAG